AUGGUGAAGGCAAACGUGGGGUUGAUGCCGACGUUAGCUUUGACGGCCACACCCCCAAGGUUCACAGUCAAAGGGCCGAGGCUACUUCGCAUACAUAUAUGCCUCGCCGAACCCGCUCAUCUCUCAAACAGAUUCUCUAUCGCCUUUCAGUUUUCCGUCUCGCCGUCGUCUCUGUAUCUCUUCAGAUCCGUUUUGAAAGAAACGAUCCGACCCGUUCCUGAGCGACCUAGCGGAUUAUCUUCUGUUCUGUUAAUCCGAUCGAUACUUGCCGGCAUGGCUGAUGCAUCUCAGAUUAGCAAACUAAGCGCCGGAAGCCGGCGUCAGCCGAGCAGAUUGCAACGGCGUGCACCGUCGUCGUUACUUAUAAAUCGGUCCUGUGAGUGGAAUGUGGCGAUUCCGCUUCUGUCGCCGACGAUGGAGGAAGCACCGCCGACGGAGACUGCGAGGGAGGGAGCGCCCCCACAAGAGCAGCAGCCGCAGCAACAGAGAAGGCUUCCUAGCGCGGAGCCGGAGAAUGUAGUUUUCAACAAGUGGCAGCAUCCGGCGGCGCCGUUCUGCUACGAUCCGCCGUCGUCUACGGUGGUGACCCCGUUUGUCCCGGUGGAGCUAUGAAGAAGCAGCGCGAGGGAGGAUGAUCGUAUGGUUGAGAAUAAAUCAGAAGAAGAUCUGACGGCGUAUGUUUGGUGGAAUAGCUUUUUCUGAUGUUGCUUACGUAGUGUAUAGUUUAUAAAUAUAAGAAUAUGAUAUUGCAAAAAGUGUAAACAAGUAGGCAUGAUUGAUUAGUUUAGUCCACAGAAUUUUUUUCUUUUGGUAAUCUUAGUCCACAGAAUUUUAACCCUUGAACCAGAAACUUUUCAACCUCUCUUUUCACUUUUCUAGAUAAUGAUGAUGAUGAUGGAUUUACUGGCA